CUACAACAAUCUCUGUCUACUAAUACAUGGGCCACUUACCAAACAGGCAUCAAUGCCUUGCACCAGUUCCGGUCCGCACACCAGCUACAAGAGUUUGGAUGGUGGGAUCCAGCUACAUGGCCAGGGCACGGCAGUACUUGCUCCUGAAGGGCACCAGUCCGAACCAACCGAGGAUGCUAUGGCUGGCACGAGGGGGAUGAGGUGGAAGGAGCUGGACACCAUUCUGGAUGCACAGGUCAAGGCGACACGGCGCAGCCCCAGAGCCCUCAUCAUUCACCUGGGCUCCAACGACCUGUGCUCGGUCAAGGGCAGCCAACUCUACCUGGACAUGGUGGCAUCAAUCCUUCGGAUACAACUCCAGCUUCCUGACACCAAGAUCAUCGUAUCCUCAAUGCUGCCCAGGCGCUACUGGCACGAUGCCAGGGACCCACUAAAGAUCGAGGGGAUGCGGAAGAAUAUCAACCGCCGACUGGCCAACCGAGUCAAAGAGCUUGGCGGUACCAUGGUGCCACAUCCCCAGAUCCUGGCAUCAGACAAGACAUGGUACGCCUGGGAGGGCGUCCACCUCAGUGACAAAGGACUGUGUGUGUUUACGGACAAUGUUUUGCAUGCCCUGGCGCUUGUUUUGCGCCAGUAAGGAUAUUAUCCCCACAGGUUAGUGUUUCCUUUCAGUACAUAGGCAAGCCGGGCAACAAUGCUAUCUCCGCGCAUCGCGUGGCCGUGGGUGUGGGGUAGCACUCUGGUGCUUUGUGGCGGGGUUCUUGUGGGCUACACGGCUAGUAACAAAUUAACUUGCUUCCAAAUUAAUACUCGUGCUUAACGGGAACCUUUCGGGAAAGCGGGAACCUUUCCGGGGUUACCUGCUUCUCAGUGGGAACCUUGUCUUUCCCGACUUUUCAGCCGGGGAAUCGUAAAAUAACAUACGUUGGGGCAAACAAUUGCCACAUAUAUGGGCCCUGCGGCGGAAGUCGUCUUGUCAAGCGGUAGCUGACAGUUGGGUCCGCGGCGGGAGCCGCACAAUGGUUUUGCUAAUGGGGCCGGGCAGUGGGAUCUGCUUUGGCCGGCUACCUGGGGCCGGGCAGCGGUAGUCUGACUUAGGCCAGCAGCGUGGAGCUGCUUUUGGCAGCGUGGGAGUUGCCAAGCAAUGGUAGCGUUUAAAUAUGCUACCGUGGGGGCCGGACAGCGGUAGCAGUCUCAGGACAGCAGCGCUAGCUGCAAUCGCCGUUUGCCACGCGCGUGGCCAUAGCAACGGUAGCAUUUUGGUAUACACAAUUAGCAGCUAAGUAGCCCACUAGUACCUGCACACCCUCGGCCAUUUAACCCACUCUCAUCUUCUGUUUUUAUUAUAGGCACGGGCAUCCACGGCUCGGUGGCCCGUGCCUCUCCUUGGCAUAUCGCGGGAUAAUUACAUUUAGUACUAACUACUAAAUGACUUUAUCGCGCGUAUCCAAACCAUGGGCUAAUCACGUCUGUAACCCAAUCACCCCUCGUAACUCAAUCACCCCGGGCGACCACCCGGCACCGUGCCCGGGGAAUAAUCCCGCGCAAGCAUCAUCCCGCCCUUUGUUAGUCCGUCAUUCGCGAACAGCCCUUCCCCAAGUACACACGUGUGUCACUGUAUCUAAUCGCUUUCCCACCCACCCACCCACAUAGCUUGCCACUCCUUUUUCUUUCCUUUUCAGCCUGACGUGUCCUCUUAACCUGGAAUGCUAAUCACUUCUUUUCUUCAGCGUUUAUUCUAUUAUAGGUACCAGCAGAGCGGAUUGUAUAUAUGUAAAUAAACCUGUACAAAUGUAAAAUAGGUUUUCCGGGCGCUUGUAUAUAUGUACAUACUUUCUGCUGGUCACACCUAAUUAAUGAAUGGACUGGUCCACUUCCCCUGCUAUGAGGGAUUGUCAAUAUGUUGAGACAAUGAGCUGUAGUGGACAACUACAACAAUGUCUUUAAAAACUCCUCCUUUCUUCAAUUUGCUCCGGUACAUCACAAAUCUUAUUCAAACAUUACCUUUAAACAAGUUGUGGGAUUUGUGUAAGAAUAUACCAAAUGUUCUCAAUCACUAAUACUUCCUUCUCUUGUGUAUGGUAUAACAUAUAAAUAUAUUUGAACAUGAGCUUCAACCUCGUCCAAUUAAGCUAUAGCCGGACCUACGAAAGUUGAGUAUGUCUUGUCCCAGAAAGGUGCCCCACAAGUUCUCCUAGACGUUCACCUCGACUGUGGAUAUACCAUGCGACACAAGGGCCCCGUACAAACAACAACUUAGAAGGUUUCCACUCCAGAAUCGGCAAGUCCCUCCAGCACAAGCAUCCAAAUAUCUUCAGAUUUAUCGAACUGAUCCAGAAGGUAGAAAUUUCGGAGAGAGCGAAACUAGCGCAGAUUCAAUUUGGAGCAGCACCACCACCCAGGAAGGUUGUCUACAGAGAGAAGGAACAGCUUCAUCGCCGUGAAAAGACACCCCUUCAGUACCUGGAUGCAGUUGGUCCACUGAUGAUAAACACUCCCAAUUGACAGACGGCCUAAUCAUCUGACAGACCAGUCAAGUGUGACCAGUGUACCUGCCUGGUCUUACCUCCUAAUUACUGAGCUGCCCAAUACUGCCAUACUCUGGGCAGAGUAAGCUACUCCAACUCGUUGAGUGAUAGAGAUUAACCAGAUUAUGAUUGUGUUUGUAAGUUGCGUUUGAUCUGUGUCGGGUUGCAGUUGUUUUAUUAGGCAAGACCAGGGGUAGAUUUUUCAAUUAAACCUUUCAACCGUU